AUGGAGAAUAGAAAUAGUUACAGCUCUGGAGAAUCAGUUCUCGGGAUUUGGAAUGUGCUGGCGAGGCGACGGCUUGGGAGCUACCUGAUAGAGACAUCUGCCAGGCCGCAUGUCAGUCUCUCCCUCCACACCCCAUCUGAUCUGGAACCUUCCAAGCUUCGCACAGCCAUAGAGAAUUUCGCGCAGCAGCAGCACCCCAUUCCGGUCGCCCUGGCUGCGGUCGGAAGCUUCCCAGCAGCGUCUGUGCCACGGCCUGCCUUCUCUCCCACAGCAGCCAACAGCACCAGCCAUGCUUCGACAGGGAAUAACUCUGUAAUGAGUACAGAUGGUGGGAAUAGCAGCAGCACCAGCAGUCCAGGCGCACGUGCAUCCAGUGGUGCUGCUGGUACUGGUGUUGGUGGUGGUGGUGCUGCUGCUGCUGCUGGUGCUACGGGAGCUCCUGAAAGACUAGCCAUCCCUUGCGACCCCAACUACCUGCCCGGAUCCUGGCUGCCCAUCUGCCCGGUCGCUCAAGAGCUGCCUGAAGAAAAACUUCCCAGCAGUUUCCACACCGUUCGAUCCCAGAAGCUGCCUCUUUCCGGUCACCUUUGUGAAAUAGGCCUUGUGGAGUUUGUCCCCUCUGGUGCUGGCGUGGACUCACGCCAGCUCAGCGCCAGCAAGGCGGAUGGUAGCAUGGUUGGGACCGUGAUUGGUAGUGGUGAUGGGGAGAAGGGGUGGGGGAGGGAGAAGGAAGGUGGGGUGGUGCAGGGGUGUGUGAUAGAUGGCGGCAUGGGGCAUGGAGGGAUGGGCAGAUGGGAUGAUGGGGGGAUGGCGGCAUGGGGCAUGGAGGGAUGGGCAGAUGGGAUGAUGGGGGGAUGGCGGCAUGGGGCAUGGAGGGAUGGGCAGAUGGGAUGA